GGUGACUCACUCAGACUUGGCCAAUAAUCAAACCCAGUCCCUCCCACGCUCUGAUGUAUAAAUGUGCAGCUCACGGACUGUGACUCAUUCAUUCAACCCACUGCAGCAACACUCAGCACCAUGUACUCACACAUCGAGUGCGGGAUCUGUUACCGGACCUACAACGCCGGUCGCCGGUGUCCCCGGGAGCUCCGCUGCUGUCACACCUUCUGCGAGGGCUGCCUCCUGGCUCUGUCCCGGCCCGGCGAGGGAAGCCCGGGGGCGGAUACUUCGAUCCUCUGCCCGUUGUGCAGACACAGCACCUCCAUCUCCUGCCAGGGGAGGAUCAGAUCGGAGCUCAGGGUGGAUGAGGGCGUCCUGGCUCGGCUGAUGGAGGCUGGGGUGCUCGAUCAAGAGGAAGAGGAGGAGGAGGAGGAGGAGGACCCGGUGAAGGACCCGGAGGAGGCUCCAGACCAAGACGAGGGGGCGACGCUCCAGGUGACUCAAGCCGAGGAGAGCGACUCUUCCGCGGUCUCCAGAGGCGGGAGGCUCCGGCGGUCCUGGAAGAAAGUUUGGAGGGUGAUCAGCGGGAAGAGCUUACAGCAGGGCGGUGGACAAAACUGUAUGACCAGCGAUGACUUGAGGAACCUCGCCAUGAUGUCCUGCUACAUGCUCUGAGCUGUCCACAUCCUCACUUACCCUAGAAACAAUGUGAUACUUCCCUGCCUAUACUGUAUUUACUUUGAAAUGUUCUUCCUGCCUACAUGGACCGAUGAUGACGACCACAAUGAUGAUGAAUACUGCCAAGACACAUGAACAAGAUGAUUUCAGCGUUCUGACUGCCUGUUAAAUUGUUAAAAGCUAUGUUGAUGUUGCACUCAAAUAGGAGAACAAAUGGAAAACCUGUGAAUGGCCAAAGUGGCCCACAAAUUUAUGUGAUAUUUAUUCUUUUUAUAAAGGUAUUUAUUGCACGUUCUUUAUAUAUAUUUUUAAGGAAAAAUAAAUGAGCUCUGGUUUCAAUUA